AAACAAAGGAGUAAACAGUAAAAAUAAAUCAAAAUCACUCUCAAAACACUGUCACUCUGUGUACUACUCAGCCAGAUUUAAAUCACAAUCUAGAGAGAGAAAAAUCAAAGCAAAACAAACGCACGGUGUUUCUCUCUCUACAUUUCGAAGUUCAAUCUUCACUUCACUCCAGCUGACGAUUUCUCAGUUCUGACGCCUAGCAUUUGGAUCUAAACGUUGCCGUUUUGGAUCAGUGGUAGGUUUCAGGUCAAGUAGGUAGGCGAUCAGAUCGGUGGAGAUAAUGGCGGAGGUUCCCGGCGACGGAGUUGCUGUGGCAGCGCCGGAGUUUAUCGGAGGCGCUUCUGUCACGACGGAGACUCCGUCGGCGCCGUUCGCAGUGUCGACGUCUUUCAAGGAAGUAGGUAAGAGCUCCUCGAGGAGGCGAGUGUCUAUGAGGCCGAGCUUCGAUGCUGACAAUGAGUUCAUCACGUUGCUGCACGGCUCGGAUCCGGUCAAGGUGGAGUUAAAUCGGUUGGAGAAUGAAGUCAGAGAUAAGGACAGAGAAUUAGGGGAAGCGCAAGCGGAGAUCAAGGCUUUGAGAUUGUCGGAACGGUUAAGAGAGAAGGCUGUCGAAGAGCUUACUGAUGAACUCUCGAAGGUGGAGGAGAAGCUCAAGUUAGCAGAAUCUCUUAUUGAAAGCAAAAAUCUUGAAAUCAAGAAAAUCAAUGAUGAGAAGAAAGCUUCCAUGGCAGCUCAGUUUGCUGCUGAAGCCACACUUCGAAGAGUUCAUGCUGCUCAGAAGGAUGAUGAUAUGCCUCCAAUUGAAGCUAUUCUUGCUCCACUUGAGGCUGAGCUUAAGCUUGCUAGGCAAGAGAUUGCAAAGCUUCAAGAUGAUAACAAAGCUUUAGAUCGUCUAACCAAGUCCAAAGAAGCAGCAUUACUUGAAGCUGAGAGGACUGUUCAGGUUGCCUUGGCUAAGGCCUCUAUGGUAGAUGAUCUCCAAAACAAAAACCAAGAGUUAAUGAAACAGAUCGAAAUUUGCCAGGAAGAAAACAAAAUUUUGGACAAGAUGCAUCGACAAAAGGUUGCAGAGGUUGAAAAGCUUACCCAGACUGUACGUGAGCUGGAAGAGGCUGUUCUUGCUGGUGGUGCAGCAGCUAAUGCUGUGAGGGACUACCAGAGGAAAGUUCAGGAGAUGAAUGAUGAAAGGAAAACUCUGGACAGGGAGUUGGCUCGUGCAAAGGUAACUGCAAACAGGGUGGCCACAGUUGUAGCCAAUGAAUGGAAAGAUGCUAAUGACAAAGUGAUGCCUGUGAAACAAUGGCUUGAGGAACGGAGAUUCUUGCAGGGAGAAAUGCAGCAACUUCGUGACAAGCUUGCUAUCAUGGAGCGAACUGCCAAGUCUGAAGCACAGUUGAAAGAAAAGUAUCAUCUGCGGCUCAAAGUGCUAGAGGAGAGUUUGAGAGGAUCUCCAAAUGUUACUAGUCGCACUACACCUGAGGGAAGAAGUGUCAGCAAUGGGUCUUCUCGUCGUCAGUCACUGGGUGGAGCUGAUAACAUCUCAAAGCUGACCUCGAAUGGCUUUUUGUCAAAAAGAACACCAUCUCAGUUGAGGUCAUUGUCUUCUAGUACAAUGUUGAAGCACGCUAAAGGAACAUCAAAAUCAUUUGAUGGAGGCACAAGAUCAUUAGACAGGGGUAAAGUGCUUUUAAAUGGACAAUUCAAUCAGUCUUGCAAUGCAACCAAGGACAAUGAAACACCUAAUACUUGGAAAGGAAAUCUGGACGAUAAGUCCAACAAUUUCCAGUCAGGUGAUACUGAGGAUAGUGUUCCCGGAGUCUUGUAUGAUUUGCUGCAGAAAGAGGUCGUAUCUUUGAGGAAGGCUGGCCAUGAGAAAGAUCAAAGCCUCAAAGAUAAGGAUGAUGCUAUUGAGAUGUUAGCAAAGAAAGUAGAGACAUUAACUAAGGCAAUGGAGGUUGAGGCAAAGAAGAUGAGAAGGGAAGUAGCUGCAAUGGAGAAGGAGGUAGCUGCUAUGCGUGUGGAGAAAGGACAUGAAAAUAGGGCCAAGCGGUUUGGUAAUACCAAGAGCCCUGUCAGCAGUGCUCAGCUGCUUCCUGGAAGAAAUGUUUCACGAACUGGGUUAACACGCAGUACACAAUGACGAAAAAAGGGCAGGGGCAUCAACAGUGUGGAGUAUAUCUGCAUAGGCCUUGUUCAAUUGAUCCAUUUCCCUAUUUUUUAUUUUUUGUUUCUCCCUUGGUGAUUGAUUAUAAGAUUGUAACAUGCAUGCCGAAGACCCUGUCUCUGUUCAUUUAUUGGAAACUUGCUGAGAAAAGAAAGAGAAGAGAACAAAAUCAGAGGAAGAAACCAUCGGUGUGCGACUGACAUAGAAAAAACUCUUAAAUUCCUCUGCUUAGAAAGAAACCAGAAGAAAGAAAAGAAGAGAAAAGAAAAAAAAAACAAGAAGAAAAUUGACCUUGGGCUAACCUUUUUGUCAGGUAUAUUCUGCUUAAUAUAAUUUGAGUGGGCAGUGGUUGUGUGGUUGUAUAGGUAGCUUAUUGGGUUUUUCCACUUUUUCUGUUUCUGAUUUAUAUUUGUAAUCUGCAGCAGCUAGUGUGAUUGUUGGUUGUUAUUUGUUAAUAUUCUUGUAAUCAGAUGAAAGUAUCAGGUCUUCUAUCCUAUGUUUGUGUUGUUCAUCUAUA